CAAAUUCUUAAGGGGAAGCUGCCUCCCUUUCUUUUCUUCUACUUUGUGUGGCCAAUUCCGAUUUCAAGGCUUCAUAAUUUCCCACCUUCCUAUUCCCCAAAGCGUACUCCUUUACCCCUUAAACUCCCUCCUAACUUGCGCCUUGGUAUCCUUUUCACCCCACCGCUGUGUUUCCUUUCCGUUCCGGUUGUGCCUUCGUCCUCAAUACCCCCAAUAUGCCUGGCGCUUUGGCAACCCCGCAGACCCUCUACGACAAGGUCCUGCGUAGCCACGUCGUCGAUGAGAAGGAGGAUGGCACCGUUCUUCUUUACAUUGAUCGCCACCUCGUCCAUGAGGUCACAUCUCCUCAAGCGUUUGAGGGCCUAAGAAACGCCGGUCGUCAGGUCCGGAGACCUGACUGCACUCUGGCAACAGCCGAUCAUAAUGUUCCUACAUCCCCUCGUUCCGAACUAAAGGACAUCGCCAGUUUCAUCAAGGAUGCCGAUUCUCGGACACAGUGCAUGACCCUCGAGGAUAACGUCCGCGACUUCAAAUUGACUUUCUUCGGCUUGAAAGAUAAGAGGCAGGGUAUUGUCCACAUCAUUGGACCCGAACAGGGUUUCACCCUUCCAGGAACCACAGUCGUCUGCGGCGACAGCCAUACCUCGACCCAUGGAGCCUUCGGUGCCCUCGCCUUCGGUAUCGGCACCAGUGAGGUCGAGCAUGUCCUCGCCACUCAGACCCUGAUUACCAGGCGUGGCAAGAACAUGAAGAUCCAGGUUGAUGGCCAGCUCACCCCUGGCGUCAGCAGCAAGGACAUCAUCCUCCAUAUUAUUGGCCUCAUCGGCACGGCCGGAGGUACCGGCUGUGUGAUCGAGUUCUGCGGCUCUGCUAUUCGCAGUCUCAGCAUGGAGGCCAGGAUGUCCAUCUGCAACAUGUCGAUCGAGGCAGGCGCCAGGGCGGGUAUGAUCGCCCCAGAUGAGACCACUUUUGAGUACCUCAAGGGCCGCCCUCUUGCCCCCAAGCCCGACAGCGCCGAGUGGAGACGUGCCGUUCAGUAUUGGUCCGCUCUCCACACGGAUGAUGGUGCCAAGUUCGACAAGGAAAUCUACAUUAAUGCCGCCGACAUCGCUCCCACCGUCACCUGGGGUACAUCCCCUCAGGAUGUCGUCCCUAUCACCGGCGUUAUCCCCGGCCCUGACGACUUCACCGACCCGACCAAGAAGGAGGCUUGCAAGCGCGCCCUGGAGUACAUGGGGUUAACCGCCGGAACCCGCGUUCAAGAUGUGGUGGUCGACAAGGUAUUUAUUGGCAGUUGCACAAAUGCACGCAUCGAGGAUUUGCGCGCGGCUGCCAGGAUAGUGAAGGGCAACAAGAUCGCGCAAAAUAUCCAGCGCGCCAUGAUCGUUCCCGGUUCCGGCCUUGUAAAACAGCAGGCCGAGGAAGAGGGUCUCGAUAAGAUCUUCGUCGACGCUGGUUUCGAGUGGCGCGAGGCAGGGUGUUCGAUGUGCCUUGGCAUGAACCCGGACAUUCUGGCACCGAAGGAGCGCUGCGCUUCUACCUCUAACCGCAACUUUGAGGGUCGUCAGGGCGCUGGAAGCCGGACUCACCUCAUGUCUCCGGUCACGGCUGCGGCCUGCGCCCUGGUCGGCAAGCUCGCCGACGUCCGCGAUGUUGCCAGCGCUGAACACGCCUCGCCUGCCAAGGCUUCGCCCAGGAUCACUGUCGCCGACCCUGCUAUGGAGGAUAUCCUCGAUGACGAGGAUCUGGACCGUAUCAUGGACGCCCCUGAAGACGGUUCGACCAGCGCCGCCGAGGACACCGGUGCUCCAGCCACCUCCGCAGGCAUGCCGAAGUUCACGCAGCUCAAGGGCAUCGCCGCUCCUUUGGAAAUCGCCAACGUCGACACCGACGCCAUCAUCCCGAAACAGUUCCUCAAGACCAUCAAGCGCUCGGGGCUAGGCACUGCUCUCUUCUACCAAUGGCGGUACGAGAGCGAGACAGGCAAGGAAAAGCCCGACUUCAUCCUGAACAAGGAGCCGUACCGAAACUCCAAGAUUCUGGUAGUGACGGGUGCCAACUUUGGCUGCGGAUCCAGCCGUGAGCAUGCCCCCUGGGCUCUGCUCGACUUUGGCAUCCGCUGCAUCAUCGCCCCUUCAUUUGCUGAAAUCCACGAGACGAAUCUCUACAAGAACGGCAUGCUUCCGGUCGUGCUAGACCCAGAGUCUCUGGAGAAGAUUGCCGUUGAGGCCAGAGCCGGACGUGAGGUCGAGGUGGACCUCCCCUCCCAAUCUGUCAAGUCGGCCGAUGGCGAGGUGCUAGCCACUUUCGAGAUGGAGGGCUUCCGGAAACACUGCCUGAUCAACGGUCUGGACGAUAUCGGUCUGACCACACAGAUGGAGGACAAGAUACGCGCCUUCGAGAAGCGCAGGACGCAGGAGACGCCCUGGCUGGACGGCACGGGCUAUCUGAAGCGGAAGGGCCCGGUCAUGGUGGAGGCCGCGCCAGUGCCCAAGACAAACCGUGGCGAUGUCAAGGAGGAUCCUCUCGAGUGGUAGCUGUGGGGUUCCUGGACUUUAAUGUGAUAGGUUGAAGAUGCUUGGGGGCUGUUCGCUUUUUAGUUACGACUGCCUCUAUGCUUGUUUGUAAUUACAUGACGACGGAAGAAGAAGAAAACACCGGGGAUGGUUCUACAUUACCAGGGGAUCAGCAAAAAGUCGGAAGACCAGAGCCAAAACUGAUAUGUUGGGGGAAUCAUGAAGGAAAAUACAGGAAACCAUCAUUUGGUAAUUUGAUAUGGAGAAGAAUCUCUUCGACACCCUUUUUUACUACCAUCAUACUUCGCUUCGAAAGUUGAACUUGCCAAUAGCUUCUGUUCGUUUAUUAUGGAGUUGUCUACGUAUUGUGGGAUUAGACUGUCCAUUCCCAUAGAGUGGCUGCGGAGAAUGGUAAGAGAAAAGCCAGGAUGAAGGUAGUAACAGCGAUCGAUGCAUGUGCAAGGGUAGAAAUAAUAGCUACCCAUAAUAGAGUAGGGGAUAUCAAU